AUAGAUGGAAAGCGUAUGCGGAAAUCAAUCCAGAGAAGGACUGUAGACUAUAAUCAUAGUAUUACAAGAUGGCGCCAAGUAAGGACUAUGUCGCCGUUCAUCAAGAACAAGAGAGAUCUUCCAUUCCUUCGUCCAGACUCAAACUUCAUUUUCGAUCUUUUACCACCGUCCGCCUAUACCAACAACCCAAUGAAUGCAUGGACACCUGAAGGACGGCGACUGGUCACAGGCUCCUCUAGUGGUGAAUUUACUCUCUGGAAUGGAUUGACAUUUAACUUUGAAACUAUUUUACAAGCUCACGAUACUGCAGUACGCGCAAUGAAAUGGAGCCAUAAUGGAGACUGGAUGGUCACAGCCGAUCAUCAUGGAUUUAUCAAAUACUGGCAAAUAAAUAUGAAUCCACUUAAAAUAUUUCAAGGGCAUAAGGAAGCUAUUCGCGACUUGAGUUUUUCACCUAGCGACGCUCGAUUCGCGACAUGCUCAGAUGAUGGGACAAUUAAGAUUUGGAAUUUCCACGAGGGUAUUGAAGAAAGGACACUGACUGGCCACGGAUGGGAUGUGAAAUGUGUUGAUUGGCACCCUCAAAAAUCGCUUCUGGCAUCAGGAAGUAAGGACAAUCUUGUGAAGCUUUGGGAUCCCAAGAGUGGACGAGCACUUACGACGCUUCAUGGCCACAAGAACACGAUCUUGGGACUUCAAUGGAACAGAAAUGGGAACUGGCUUGCAACAGCAGCGCGUGAUCAGCUGGUCAAGAUCUACGAUAUCAGGAUGAUGAAAGAUUUGCAGACAUUUCGAGGCCAUAAGAAGGAGGUUUGCUCCGUUGCGUGGCACCCACAACAUGAAUCACUUCUGGCAACAGGGGGAUCCGAAGGAUCUAUUAUGUUCUGGAUCAUGGGUCAAUCAGAACCCUCUGGAAUCAUGGAGAAUGCUCAUGAUUCGAACGUGUGGUCACUUGAUUGGCACCCUGUUGGCCAUAUCCUCGUCUCUGGAUCAAAUGAUCAUACGACACGCUUCUGGACCCGAAAUCGUCCUGGAGAGUCAAUGCAGGAUAAGUUCAAU